GCCCCGACACCCAGCGUUGCGUUCGUGCCGCGGCCGUGGGAGCUGGGGUCGUACCUGAGAGGGAGCGACACCUGUGUCCCCUCAGAGGCCUGGCUCCCGGCAGCCCCUGUGCGUCCGGUCCCGGCCGGAGCAGUCCUGCGCCCUAACCGCCGUCAUGGAUCUGCAUUUGCACCGCGCGGAUUAUUUACAGGUGGGAGUCACUGCUCAGAAGACCAUGAAGCUGCUUCCUGCCACCCGGCACAGAGCCACGCAAAAGGUGGUUAUUGGAGACCAUGAUGGGGUAGUGUUGUGCUUCGGCAUGAAGAAAGGAGAAGCAGUGGCGGUGUUCAAGACCUUACGCGGGCGGAUGGUUGCAAGACUGGAACUAGGGGGCGCUCUCAACACGCCCCAGGAGAAAAUUUUUAUUGCUGCAGGAUCUGAGAUUCGGGGCUUUACAAAAAGAGGAAAACAGUUCCUCUCUUUUGAGACAAACCUCACUGAAAGCAUUAAAGCUAUGCACAUAUCCGGCUCGGACCUCUUCCUCAGUGCAAGUUACAUCUACAGCCACUACUGCGACUGCAAAGACCAGCACUACUACCUUUCAGGGGACAAAAUCAACGACGUCAUCUGCCUGCCAGUGGAAAGGUUGUCUCGCGUGACACCAGUCCUGGCCUGCCAGGACCGACUGCUCCGAGUUUUGCAGGGGUCAGACGUGCUCUAUGAAGUCGAGGUUCCUGGCCCACCUGCUGUCCUGGCCCUGCACCACGGAGACGGCGGUGACUCUGGGGAAGACCUUCUGUUUGGAACAUCGGAUGGAAGACUGGGACUCACGCAGAUCACCGCAUCCAAGCCGAUGCACAAGUGGGAGAUUCGGAAUGAGAAAAAGAGGGGAGGGGUUCUGUGUGUUGACAGCUUCGACAUUGUGGGUGACGGGGUUAAAGACUUACUGGUCGGGAGGGAUGACGGCACGGUGGAAGUGUACACUUUCGAUAAUGCAAACCAGCCCGUCCUCCGCUUUGAGCAAGCGCUGUCUGAAAGUGUCACCUCUAUCCAGGGUGGCUGUGUCGGGAAAGAUGGCUAUGACGAGAUUGUAGUCUCCACGUAUUCAGGCUGGGUGUCGGGUCUGACCACGGAGCCGGCGCACCGGGAGAGCGGGCCCGGCGAGGAGCUCAGGCUCAGCCAGGAGAUGCAGAGCAAAAUUUCUUCCUUACGGAGUGAGCUGGAGCAGCUGCAGUUAAAGGUACUGCAGGAAAGGGAGAGGUAUCAGCAGUCUUCUCAGUCGGACAAAGCAAAGUCAGCAGUGCCUUCUUUUAGCAUAAAUGACAAGUUCACCCUGAAUAAAGACGAUGCCAGCUACAGCCUUAUUCUGGAGGUACAGACAGCGAUAGACAAUGUCUUAAUUCAGAGCGAUGUCCCCAUCGAUUUACUUGAUGUGGAUAAAAAUUCUGCCGUCGUCAGCUUCAGCAGCUGUGAUUCCGAGUCCAAUGACAACUUUCUUCUUGCCACAUAUCGGUGCCAGGCAAACACCACAAGGCUGGAGCUCAAGAUUCGCUCCAUUGAAGGCCAGUAUGGCACACUUCAAGCCUACGUGACCCCAAGAAUUCAACCCAAAACCUGCCAGGUCCGCCAGCACCUUAUCAAGCCCCUGUCGCUCCAUCAGAGAGCCCAUUGCAUUGACCAUGACAGACCCGUGAACACGCUGACUCUGACAGGCCAGUUCAGUUUCGCUGAAGUUCACUCCUGGGUGGCGUUCUGCCUCCCCGAAGUUCCUGAAAAGCCUCCGGCAGGCGAAAGUGUGACAUUUUACUUCCAGAACACCUUCCUGGAUACACAGCUGGAAAGUACCUACAGAAAAGGAGAAGGAGUUUUUAAAUCUGACAACAUUUCUACUAUAUCCAUUCUAAAAGAUGUGCUCUCUAAAGAAGCUACAAAAAAGAAAAUUAACCUCAACAUAUCAUAUGAGAUAAAUGAAGUAUCAGUCAAACACACCUUAGAGCUAAUCCACCCGAAGCUGGAGUACCAGUUGCUUUUGGCUAAGAAAGUGCAGUUAAUUGAUGCUUUAAAAGAAUUGCAGGUUCAUGAAGGAAAUACAAACUUUCUGAUACCAGAAUAUCGCCGUAUUCUAGAAGAGGCAGAUCACCUACAGGAAGAAUACAAAAAGCAACCUGCACACCUUGAAAGGCUCUAUGGCAUGAUCACCGAUCUUUUUAUAGAUAAGUUCAAGUUCAAAGGUACCAAUGUAAAAACCAAAGUACCUCUUUUAUUGGAGAUUCUGGACAGUUAUGACCAAAAUGCACUGAUUGCUUUCUUCGACGCUGCAUGAAAAUGUAAGCAAGGUAAAGUCCCAGAGCAACUGUCUAAAUGUUUAAAUGAAAUGUUAAAACAAAAUUAUAGGCUAACUAACUGUACAUAGUUUUACUUAAAGUAUUUUUAAAUAUUAUAUAAAAUAUUUGAUAUGACUUUUUAAUGUUUCUAUAUCCUUUGAUGAUUGCAAUAAUUUAAAAAUAAAUAGCAUUUUUAUUUUAAAAGUACAAGUGAAAUUAUUAUAAGGAAUUUAAAUAAAAUUUUUUGCAAGUAGAUGUUUUAACUUUUAUGUUGAGAGAUAAUAUUUGGAAAAUAAAAAUAUACUGUGUGGGACAAAAGUAGGUUUACAGUUCAUGUGGAAAACAGUAGAAUGAGUAAAUAGCAAUAUUAUACGAGAAUCAACUGUCACGCUCACUCACAGCUGUAAACCUACCCUUGCUCCACCCUGUAUUUAAAUACUGACACCCACAGUUAUAUGUAUAAACUGCUUUACAUUUUCUAAAAUGUAUUUAUAUUCAUUAACUCAUUGGAUUUUCACAACAUACAUUAUUUUGUCAAAUCAUGUAAGAAAACUGAUUUUCCCUGAGGUUAAGUGAUGAGGAGGACAUGCCGUUAUUUUGUAAAGCUGGGACUAGAACCCGUGUUUGGGCACCUGGUCCGUGUCCUCAUUAUUAUGUGUGCUGUCAGCCACGGAAAUGACCUGCCAGCUAUUGCUUCUAGAGGUUGAGGCCGAUGCACUGUUGUUUGAUGGUGACCGUGCUCCAUGUGUGCAAUGCUCAUGUUGGCUCAGCGGUAUGAACUGUGGACGGGGAGAGGCGUAGAACCAGUGCGGGUGGGGGGGGCAGGGCACCCUUUCUAAAGGUGAUGCUCUGGAACCAGGAGAUCCGCGCAGCCUCCCUGUGAGCAGGGCAGUCAGUAACAGGGCUGCCUCUCAGGUGUUCCUGCACCGAGAUCCACGCAUUUCCUUUAUAUCACCUGUGAGGGACAGGAAACGAGACUUUAAGGCUACGGUCGUGUUGUCCAUUAACCUCAAUUCGUACUUAUUCAUAUUCAAAGGAAUGAGGAAUAUUAUAUUUAAAGGUUGCUUUAAAAUGGCAUGAAGAUUAUAAUGGAAAAUAAACUUUUUUUAAAAAGAUUUUAUUUAUUUAUUUUUAGAGGGGAAGGGAAGGAGAGAGGGAGAGAAACAUCAGUGUACGGUUGCCUUUCGUGCAUCCCCUGCUGGGAACUGGCCUGCAGGGAACCAGCCUGCAACCCAGGCAUGUGCCCUGACUGGGAAUCGAACCGCGAUUGUCUGGUUCGCAGGCCCGUGCUCAAUCCACUGAGCUACACCAGCCAGGGAAAAUAAACUUUUUAAGAAGGGCAUACUCAUGAGUUUGUCAGAAAACAGCCAUGCUUCUUAAAUAUAUUCCAUUAUAUUUGUUACAUGUAAGCCUUGUUGUAGAUUAAAUGUGAACAUUUGUUAAAGGUA